AAAACUCCAUUUGAAUGUUUGUAGGGUGUGGUUCCAUGUUAUGAUCAUAUUAAAAUGUUUGGAUGUUUAUGUUAUGUUCAUAGCAAAAGUUCCGAUAAGUUUGAUCAACGUAGUCGGAAAUGUGUUUUCUUGGGCUAUUCUUAUUCUCAACGAGGGUGGAAAGUGAUGGAAUUGGAAUCUAAAAAACAUUUUGUUUCACGAGAUGUAAGAUUUGAUGAAACUCAAUUUCCUUUUGAUCUCAAAUUGGUUCCCUUAUCCACGCAUUCUGCUGGUGACAUGGUCAUGGAGUCUAGACCACACAUUCAUGAUGAUGAUCUGACAGAUUUUGGUCUCACACACCAACAUGGGCAGCGGACCAAUUCAUCAAGUGGUAAUUUCACUACCAUUGAGGUUCCCAUGCAAACUAAUAUUGUCAUGCCAGAUGGACCAUCUGGUCAACCGGUGGAGGCUGAAGACUUAACCCACGUGGAAGAAGCUACCACGCAUGACACAUCCCAAGGCAUGCAAAGUGAUACAGCAUCCAGUACUCCACUUGGACGAGGUUUGAGACGCAAGUUUCCUUCUGUCCAUUUACAUGACUACGUACAAACUCACGCAGCGACCACAGCCCCACACUACCACCCCACCCAGUCUUCAUCUUCAGAGCUUUUCUUGCAGCCAUUUCUAAUGAGAAGGAGCCUAAUUCUUAUCACGACGCGGUUCGUGAUCCGCGUUGGAGGGAGGCAAUGCGUAAAGAGAUUGAUGCCAUGGAGGCCAAUGGAACAUGGAUUUUGGUGACGAUGCCCACACACGAGAAGCCUAUACAUUGUAAGUGGGUGUACAAAAUUAAAUAUAAAAGUAAUGGCACCAUUGAACGUUUUAAAGCCCGACUUGUUGUGUGUGGGAAUCGUCAAGUAGAAGGUAUUGACAAUCAUGAGACUUUUGCUCCGGUUGCAAAAAUGACCACUGUCAGGACUCUUCUAGAUGUUGCUACUGCCAAAAAUUGGGAGCUCCAUCAGAUGGAUGUAGAUAAUGCCUUUUUGCAUGGCAAGUUGAAUGAAGAAGUCUAUAUGUAUCCACCACUCGGAUUUUCUACCACACGGCCUAACCAGGUCUGUCUCUUGCAGCGUUCCCUCUAUGGGCUUCGCCAAGCCCCGAGAUGUUGGUUUUCACGCCUCAGUAAUGCUCUUAUUUCUUAUGGUUUCAUCCGCUCAUAUGCUGAUUAUUCUUUAUUUACCCUACGCAAGGGUCAUGAUUUUGUUUGUAUCAUGGUCUAUGUUGAUGAUCUCCUUAUUGCUGGGAAUAAUUCUUCUCUCGUUGGUGCAAUCAAGAAGCACCUAGCGGCAUGUUUUCCUAUCAAGGACCUCGGGCGUCUCAAGUAUUUCUUGGGUCUUGAAGUUGCUCGUAGCCCCACUGGAAUUUUUUUAUGUCAACGGAAAUACACUUUAGACCUUCUUGAUGAGCUUGGGAUGUCUGGAUGUAAACCCUCGGAUUUUCCUAUGGAAGCACACCACAAACCGCCCGUAUCCACGAGUCCAUUAUUUUCUCAACCGGAACGUUACAGAAGGGUCAUUGGCAAACUAAUUUAUUUAACAUUAACGCGUCCGGAAUUGAGCUACUAUGUGCAUAUUCUCGCACAACUUAUGCAAUCACCUCGAACAAACCAUUGGGAUGCAGUUCUUCGUGUUAUUCGCUAUCUUAAGGGCCAGCCCAGACAAGGUAUAUUGCUUUGUUCUGCUUCUGAUUUGCGUCUUCAAGGAUAUUGUGAUUCUGAUUGGGCCGCCUGCCCAAUUAGUAGACGCUCCCUUACUGGUUAUUUAGUGAUGUUGGGUGGCUCUCCGAUUUCUUGGAAAACAAAGAAACAGCCCACCAUGUCCCGUUCAUCUGCCGAAGCGGAAUAUCGGUCAAUGGCCACUGUGGGGUGUGAACUACUUUGGCUUAAACGUCUCCUUCUCUCUCUCGGCAUUUCUCAUUCGCGUCCCAUGGAGGUGUUUUGUGAUAAUCAAGCCGCUCUCUAUAUCGCGUCCAAUCCCAUCUUUCAUGAACGGACAAGACAUAUCGAGAUUGACUGUCAUUUUGUCCGCGAUCUUAUACAACAAGGAACUCUUUUUACAAAGCAUAUCGGUUCUUCUUUACAACUAGCGGACAUCUUCACCAAAUCUCUUGGAUCGCAACAGUUUCAUUUUCUCAUGUCCAAGUUGGGCGUGCUUAACCUGCCCGCUUCAACUUGAGGGGGGUGUACGAACAUAUUUUGAAUAUUUGGCUAAUUAUGUACAUAUCUUUUCCUUCCUUAUUAUUCUCCUACUUUCCCUAUUGUGUUUACGUUAGGAGUAAUAUUAGGAAUACAAGUUUCCUUGUUUACUUUUGACUCAACUGUAUAAAUGGUGUAACAUAUUGUAAUACACACACGGAAGAAUAUUUCCUCUACAUAGUUUUACCUUCCCAGUUCCAUCGUUUAUCAUCUAUUUAUUAGAAUAGGCUAGAAAGGAAUAAAACCACUUAUGUUAUGGCCAAUUUCCCAAGGUUAGGCCUUUUUCAG